CCCAGCCUGUGGAGCCAGCCAGACUGGGCGGAGGGCAGCAGCGCCGCCGCCAGCUCUGCUCCUCCUUCGGCGGAGCCGCGGGCGCGAUGCGGCCCCCGCCGCUGCUGUGGCUGGGCCUGGUGCUCGGGGUGCUGGGCGCGGCGUGCGGGGGACCCAGCGACCACCACUACGUCGACGGCGAGCACCGGGCCGACUACGACCGGGAGGCGCUGCUCGGAGGCCAGGAUGAAGCAGAAGAAUAUACUAAACUCAGUCUAGAGGAACAGCAAAAGAGGCUGAAGGCCAUCAUAAAGAAAAUUGAUGUGGACUCGGAUGGAUUCCUUACUGAUGAUGAACUGAGUUCAUGGAUCCAGCAGUCUUUUAAGCAUUAUGUUACGCAAGAGGCUAAGCAACAGUUUGGUGAAUAUGAUAAAGAUGGUGAUGGAUUAGUAUCUUGGGAGGAGUACAACAUUCAAAUGUAUGAUCGUCUAAUUGACUUUGAUGAGAAUACUGUUCUGCAAGAUCAAGAAGAAGAAUCAUUUCGACAGCUUCAUUUAAAGGACAAGAAGCGGUUUGAAAAAGCCAGUAGAGAUGAAGUUCCUGGUCUGAAUCUGAAUGAAUUUAUUGCUUUUGAGCAUCCUGAAGAAGCUGAGUAUAUGACGGAAUUUGUCAUUCAGGAGGCUUUAGAAGAACAUGAUAAAAAUGGUGAUGGACUUGUGAGCCUGGAAGAGUUCCUUGGUGACUACAGAAGAGAUCCAACUGCAAAUGAAGAUCCAGAAUGGAUACUUGUCGAGAAGGAUCGAUUUGUGAAUGAUUAUGACAAGGAUAAUGAUGGAAAACUCAGCCCUCAAGAACUGCUGACUUGGGUAGUACCUAAUAAUCAGGGUAUUGCACAAGAGGAGGCUCUUCAUCUGAUUGAAGAAAUGGAUUUGAAUGAUGAUAAAAAGCUCUCUGAGGCAGAGAUUCUCGAGAACCAGGAUUUGUUCCUUACAAGUGAAGCAACAGAUUAUGGCAGGCAGCUCCAUGAUGAACGUUUCUACCAUCAAGAACUUUAGUUUACUCAUUUGUGAUCUUGCUGCCUCUGUGUUCCUAAAUUGGAGUUUUUCUUUAGGGUACUCAAAUUUAUAAGCUGCAUUGUAAGUUUUAUUUUGUGUGAUUAUAAUAUACUAGUGUUUGUAUAAGUGUUUUGCAUUCUAAAUUUAAUUACUUAAGUAGUUUUGCAAGUUUCCAUAGGCCUUUUCAGCCUUCAGAACUAUUUAUUUACUGAAAUAUUUAGUAUUCCUUGAAUUGCAGCAUUAGCAUUUUUGGCAUCUGAAAAAGUAAAAACAUUCUUAAAUAAUCUAUAUGUUUAGUACUGUAUUGUGAAAUUAGUUGUACUACCAUGCUUGAAGAGUCUGAAUGGUUCUGAAAAAAGGCAAAAUGUGAGAUAAGCAAAAAUUACUAAUCAUUUAUUUAAGUGGUUAAUGUUUUCAGAAGUUAUCAGGGGGAGAGUAGCAAUGUUUAGGUUCACUAUUAAAGAUGUUUUAUUUAAUACCCUUGGAGGAACAUUCAAAAGGAUUAAUACCUCAGUUGUUCAAGAGGUUUCUGCUUAUUUUUAAAUGAUUUCUAUAGCAGGUUAAUUGUAUGAUAUAAAACCUUUAUAUUUUUGCGUCUGUACAGAUAGUAAUUAUUUUUAAUGUAUAAUUCUAUAUCAUUAGAGGUACAUGUGAUAUUUCAGUGUCAGAACCCUCUUCAUUUUCAGAUUAAAACAGUUAAAUGCUC